AUGUCGUGGCGGAUCCAGAACCUGCCCGAUUCCCAGUCGAACCCGGCGGGCGCGGCGAAAAAGUCCAAGUCCAAGUCCAAGUCGUCAGACGGGCGGGGCGCGAUCAAGAGGCUCAUCAAGGAGCUGGACGUGUGGCGGGCGGAGCAGAAGGGCGAGCGGGGAAUCGAGAGGCUGGGUCCCGUCGACGAUGAGGAUCUCCUCACUUGGGAAGCUGUGAUUAACGGACGGGGGAUCGGGAACGGAUACGAUGGUCGCUGGCUCCUCGCCAUCCAGAUCCCGCAGGACUACCCGCUCCGCCCGCCGACGAUACGCUUCGUGACGCCCGUCGUGCACGCCAACAUUGCGCUGCAGACAGGCGAGAUCUGCCUCGAUCUGCUCAAGGACGCCUGGACGCCGGCCUACAGCGUCCUCGAGAGUGUGCGCGCCGUGCGCACGCUGCUGGCGUACCCGGAGACGGACUCGCCCCUCAACGUCGACGUCGCGGCGCUGCUGCGCGGCGGCGACGUGCUCGGCACCCGCGCGCUCGUCGCGUUUUGGUGCCGCGACGAUGAGGGGAGGUACGAAGGGCCGUAG